UCGAGCAAAUGUUCUAAGAUUGAAUGGGGCGCUUGGAUUAGAGGUUGUAGACGAAUUCGUGUAUCUCGGGUCCUGCAUCAGCAACAAAGGCUCAUGUGAAACUGACGUGCGCCGACGUAUCGGAAUGGCUAAAAGUGCGAUGUCUCAGCUACAGAAGAUCUGGAAGAAUAGAGGGAUAGGCCUGAAAACUAAAACCAGACUGGUGCGGACUCUUGUUUUCUCUAUCUUCUUGUAUGGAGCUGAGACAUGGACGUUGAAAGCAGCAGACCGAAUGCGCAUCGAUGCUUUCGAAAUGUGGUGUUGGAGACGCAUGCUAAGAAUUCCGUGGACAGCCUUCCGGACUAACGUGUCGAUAUUGAAGCAACUGGGCAUCAAAAUCAGACUGUCUACUGUAUGUCUGAAGCGGAUCCUCGAAUAUUUUGGUCACAUUGCGAGGAAAGACGGCGAUAACCUGGAAAAACUUAUGAUCACAGGGAAAGUUGAAGGCAACAGAUCUAGAGGCCGCAGCCAUACUCGUUGGUCCGAUCAGAUCCGCACCGCUUUGGACAGUACAGUGUACAGCGCGCUGCAUGACGCCGUGGACAGGGGAAAGUGGAAAAAGAUCCUAAAAUUGAAGCUCAUGGGUGAUGGUGGUCACGACCCUCAGACAUGAGGAACGCGACUCGAGGAGGAGGAGAUGUGUGGACGAGGUC